AUGAGCAGUUCCGAAGAAGUUUCUUGGAUCUCAUGGUUCUGCGGACUACGAGGAAAUGAAUUUUUCUGCGAAGUCGAUGAAGAUUACAUUCAAGACAAAUUCAAUUUGACAGGACUAAAUGAACAAGUGCCUCAUUAUAGGCAAGCUUUGGAUAUGAUUUUGGAUCUUGAACCAGAUGAUGAUUUGGAUGACAACCCAAAUCAUUCAGACUUAAUUGAACAGGCUGCUGAGAUGUUAUAUGGUUUGAUACAUGCUCGUUACAUUUUGACAAACCGUGGUAUUGCUCAAAUGAUCGAGAAAUAUCAAACUGGUGAUUUUGGACACUGCCCGCGAGUAUAUUGUGAAAAUUCACCAAUGCUCCCAAUAGGUUUGUCAGAUGUUCCAGGAGAAGCAAUGGUUAAGCUUUACUGUCCUAAAUGUAUGGAUGUGUAUACACCAAAAUCAUCUCGUCAUCAUCACACUGAUGGUGCUUAUUUUGGUACAGGUUUUCCACAUAUGUUGUUUAUGGUACAUCCAGAAUACAGACCACCAAGGCCUAGCAAUCAAUUUGUGCCUAGACUUUAUGGUUUUAAGAUACAUGGCCUGGCUUAUCAAAUACAACAGCAGGCAGCAGCUAAUGUCAAAACACCACUCAGACUGACCAGCUUUAAUGGAAAACGUUAA